AUGUCUAGAACUACAAUAGGUUAUUAUACUGUUCGUAUAGGUUAUAAAUCUGGAAUUUAUAUGAAUUGGAAAGAAUGUAAAAAACAAACUGAUCAGUAUCCUGAUGCUUUGUAUAAAAAAUUUUAUACAAAACAACAAGCACAAGAAUAUAUUGAUGAAGAAAAAAUCAAUGAAAAUAGAAAAAUUAAAAUUUAUACUGACGGUUAUUGUAAAAAAAAUAGAACAAAAGAAGCAAUAGCCACAGAAAUUUAUGCUGUAAUUCGUGCUUUAGAUAUUAUUGAUAAUAAAUCAGAUAUAAUUAUUUUUACAGAUAGUACUUAUAUUAUUAAUUGUUAUAAUAUAAAAAAUCCUAAAACAAAUUUUGAUUUAGUAGAUAGAAUGAAUGAAUUAAUCAAAGCUAGAGAAGAAGAAACUUAUUUUAAACAUAUGAAAGGUCAUUCAG